GUUUUCGUACUUACGAUUUCCAUAUGCCUGUAUCCGAAUUUUCAUCAAUCAUUUACAAAAGUAUCGCAAUUAAUCUAUCUUCUAUGCAAGUUAUUUCGGCUAUUAUUCGUAUUGCAUCUUCCUUGCGGAUUAUUCCCUCCAUUAUUAUUAUUGACUCCAUUUGCUUGGUAAAUUCAAUUGAAAUCUCCUGAGUUCUGUCUCUGGCGGAGCUCUGUCGAGGCAGAAGUUUUCCUACCGUUGCUAUUCAUUCUUCAAGACAUUCCACCGCAUCUUGUGGUACAUUUGUACUGUGGGAAAUGACAGACUUCACGUUGGAUGUCCGCGAUCCUCUCGUCACUAAGCACGUCUCAGUUUCGGGUGGAAGUGAUAGUCUCUACAUUUACUCCAAACUCGUGCCGCAGAGGGGGUUUAACGUCUCCAAAGUGGUUGAUGGAUUCACCACCCUAUGGGUAAAAACUGACACUCCACUGGAGUCUCUUACUAUCUACAGACUAGGAAACCUGCCAGUGGUACUCCUACUGCAGUUAUCCAACUUGGCGCUUCAUUUCGAGUACAAGGACUUUAGCUGGCAUUCCAUCAGCGAGGAGGUCUACCAAAACAAACUGAACCUGGACCUCCACAGGCACAACUUUGGUAACUUUGUCUUUGAUCUCAACAAGAGAGAUUUGAAGGAUGUCAUCAUUCUUUCGCUACAUGAUGACCCAUACCUAACCACUCACUUUAAACCAGAACUUGGCAAAACAUGCACACUCUUGAAGGACGGUUCCCAGGUACUAUGGGAGGCAAAGAAUUCAAAGACUCCGUGGUCUGCUGGCGAUUUUGGUCACCAGGUAAAGAAUGGCGAUGUCAAGGGCAGCCCUCGCUCCGUUGGCGAUAAAUGUUUGGAAUUCUCUACUCACGAUUUAAACGGCGCAUCAAAAUAUUUGCGCCUAACUGCAUUGGAAUCCGGGUCCCUCGUGCAAAACUUUUUCGAAAAGGUCGAAGACCAGUGGGUACCACUCGGUCUGCAUGCCUACUUUGAAAGGAGGGCACCAAAGGAUCCCCAAGUCACCACAAUCGAUGUCUCUUCCAAGGAACACCCUCGAGUGUUCUUUCUUCAAGGAAAACCCCUAGGGCUUGCCUACAAUGUUUACUUUUCCAGCCUUUUGGGAAGAGUCGCAAAAGUUGUUGACGGAGGCCACGUUCUCUGGGAAGCUAAAGGGGAUGAAAAAUGUAUACAUGUAACUCUCACACAUGACGGUAUUCACUCCCACCUGUUAUUCAUGCACCCUUCUGGGUUGACUGAUUUGUAUUUUGAAAAUAAAGAUGGAGAAUGGAAGGCUAUUGAUAGCCUGCCUGACAACCUCAAGGUUCUCCACAACUAA